CUAAAUUUUCAUCAGGUCACACUGGCGCGGAACAUGUGCUCGAGCGAAAACAAAAAAUAUAACGCAAAUUAAUAGGAUAUUUCGUCGGUUAAAACACCUGCAAGCAUGGCCGAUCACGCUUUUCACCGGCCCGGGCCGCUGAAGCAAACAAACAAGGCCCACAAAACAGGGCGUCACCGCUCCAAGGGAGCCAUUGAUAAUGCCAUGAAGGGCAAGGUGGGACUCCAGGCGGUGUCUCACAAGCACAAGCAGCAACAGCGCAAGGAGCAGCGCCGCAACCAGAUGAACCAGCUGCGCAGGAACAAGCGGGAGGAGGUUCUGGAGCAGAAGAGGAAGCUCGGUGGCCAGAACACGGCUCCCUUCCUCGUCUGCCUGCUGCCCAUGCACGAACAGAUCGACCCCAAGUCAGCGCUGGCCAUCCUCGAGAGCUGCGACAGCGAACUGGUGGUGGAGAACUCUCCGAGCGGCAUCGUUUACAUGAAUCUUCCCCGGUUCAAGCAGCGCUUCGCCUUCGUUACGCCACCUGCGGGUCGGGGCAACGAGCUGAUUGCCCUGGACUACCUCAAGGUGUGUGAUACCACCCUGCUCCUGACCUCUGCCGCCUUUGGCGAGGACGAGGUCUUUGAUCGCUGGGGCCAGCGCAUCUUCAACAUGAUGUCUGCGCAGGGAAUUCCCACGCCUGUGGUGGCACUUAUGGAUCUGGAGUCUAUCAACCCCAAGCGUAGACCCGCAGCCAAGCAGGCGGCGCAGAAGUUCAUCUCCAAGCUGCUGCCCGAGGAGAAGGUGAUGCAGCUCGACACGGCCACCGAGGGUCUGACGGUGAUGCGUCGCAUUGGCGGGCAGAAGAAGCGCAUUCUGCACAACGUGGCCAACCGGCCGCAUCUCUUUGGCGACGUCGUUGAGUUCAAGGCAAACUCUGACCCCAGCGAGGAUCUCGGAACCCUGGAGGUCACGGGAUUCCUUCGCGGACAAUCCCUAAAUGUGAACGGCUUGGUGCACAUUCCCGGCCUGGGUGACUUCCAGCUGGGUCAGGUGGUGGCGCCGCCAGAUCCAUACAAACUGGACAAAUCUCGCGACGGCGAGAAUGCAGAGGUGCGGCUCUUGGAUCGCAGCGACCCCCUGAAGCGCACCUCGCUGCAGAGCGAGAACAUACCCGACCCCAUGGACGCGGAGCAGACGUGGCCCACGGAGGAGGAGAUCGCUGCCUCGCAGCAGGAAACCAAGAAGAUGAAGCUGGUGAAGCGUGUGCCCAAGGGCUACAGCGAGUAUCAGGCGGCCUGGAUACCCGAUGUCGAGGAGGUGGAAGAUCCGGACAGCAAGGGGGACGAUGACAUGAGCGAGGACUCGGAUGACGACGACGAAGGCGACGAAGAUGACGAGGACUUCAUGUCCUGCGACAACAAAUCCUUCGAGGACGAGUACGAGAAGCGGGAUUCCGAUACUGAGGAGUACCUGGACAGUGUGUCCGUCGCAUCGGAGGCGGCCAUCAACGACGAAAAGUACGACAACCAGAUGGACUUCCAGGAGGAGCGGGAGACACUGCAGAAGCUGCAGCAGGCGCGAACAGAUCAGCUGUGGCCGGAUGAGAUCGACACUCCCCUGGACGUGCCCGCCCAUGAGAGGUUCCAGAAGUACCGCGGCCUGGAGUCGUUCAGGACGUCGCCUUGGGAUGCCAAGGAGAAUCUGCCCGCCGAUUAUGCGCGCAUCUAUCAGUUCCAGAACUUUGACCGCACCAAGCGGAGGAUUCUGGCCGAGGCCAAGGAGUUCGAGGGUGUGCUGCCCGGCUUUUAUGUCACGCUCCAUGUGAUUAAUGUGCCGGAGAGCCGAUGGAACGCCUUUAGGUCCGCCCAACUCACGGACAACAUCAUUGUGUACGGAAUGCUGCCGCAUGAGCACCAGAUGUGCAUAAUGAACGUCGUCCUGCAGCGAAUGCCGGACUCCGAGGUGCCUCUGAAGUCCAAGGAGCAGCUAAUUAUCCAGUGCGGCUAUCGUCGCUUCGUGGUGAACCCCAUCUACAGCCAGCACACCAACGGAGACAAGCACAAGUUCGAACGCUACUUCCGCCCGUACGAGACGGUUUGCGCCACGUUCUACGCCCCCAUUCAGUUCCCUCCGGCGGCUGUGCUUGCCUUCAAGGUUAAUCCCGACUCCACGCUGGCUCUGGUGGCCCGCGGACGGCUGCUUUCCUGCAAUCCCGAUCGCAUUGUUCUCAAGCGCGUGGUCCUCAGCGGCCACCCCAUGCGCAUCAAUCGCAAGUCGGCGACGAUCAGGUACAUGUUCUUCUACAAGGAGGACGUGGAGUACUUCAGGCCGGUGAAGCUAAGGACAAAGUGCGGACGGCUGGGACACAUCAAGGAGUCGCUCGGCACCCACGGCCACAUGAAGUGCUACUUCGACGGCCAGCUGCGGUCCUACGACACGGCCUUCAUGUACCUGUACAAGCGAGUCUUCCCCAAGUGGACGUACGAGGAGUGCCUGGUGCGAACCGCAGAGCACGAGCGCCAGCAUGCGGCGGCGAACAGGAGAAGUGAGGAUCAGCAGGUGGCCAUGGACAUGUAGCUCGUAUGGGAGUAAUGUAUAAUAGGAAUAAUAGAAUUAUAUUCACAAACAAUUGUCUUAACUUACUGCAGAGGCAAUACAAUAUACAUACAUAAAACGUG